UCCGAUUCUGACUCGUUUCCUGUCUACUCACACUCAGACAUCAUGGCGGACGUACUGGAUCUUCAUGAAGCGGGAGGCGAGGACUUUCCUAUGGACGAGGAUGGCGAUGAAAGCAUCCACAAGUUAAAGGAGAAGGCUAAGAAGAGGAAGGGACGAGGAUUUGGAGCUGAGGAAGGUGCAAGAUCCAGAGUUAAAGAAGACUACGAUACUGUGGAGCAGGAUGGGGAUGAACCAGGUCCACAACGAUCUGUAGAAGGCUGGAUCCUGUUUGUGACUGGAGUACAUGAAGAGGCCACUGAAGAAGACAUCCAUGACAAAUUUUCUGAGUUUGGAGAAAUUAAGAACCUCCACCUUCCCCUUGACCGCAGAACAGGUUACCUCAAGGGUUAUGCUCUCGUUGAGUAUGAGACGUACAAGGAGGCUCAGGCUGCCAUGGAAGGUCUCAACGGCCAAGACAUGAUGGGUCAGUCAAUCAGUGUUGACUGGGGAUUUGUUAGAGGACCCCCAAAGAACAAGAGAAGGACUGGAGGUCGCAGACGAAGCAGAAGUCCAGACAGGAGGCGGCGUUAAGAUUCCAUUGACAGAGCAAAGCUCUUUCUCAAGACAACCCUUUUUGUUAUCAGUAAUUGUUUUCUGUUUUGGAUCUUUUUUUCACUUGCAAUUGACUUGAAUUGCUUGUGUAGUUUCAUUGCCUGAAGUGAGAUGAAGUUUCAUUUUGGCUGCAAGUGAAAGAAAAAUCCUUUUCCCACCACUUUGCUGGCGGUGCGUGAUGAUGACUUUCUCUAAACGUGUGUUCAGUUUGCCCAGUUGUAAGCAUUUUAACGUGCUGAAUUGUUUAGUUUUUAUAUUUGGGAAUCAUUAAAGUUUUUAAAAGGUGAA